UUUGAAGCCACAGCAGCUAUAAGGGAAUUCCUCGGAAGAAUCUCGCUUCUGUCCAUCGGCAUGAUCGUUAUGCCGACCUCCAUCAUCUGCUGUAUGGGCUACGACAAGGCUUGUCUUCUGCUUUCCCUACUAUUUCUCCCUGCACCCUCUAUUGGUUCCAUGAGUGGUCUCAAUGCACGCGACAUUAACUUCUUUGUACAGGGAUUGAAAAUCCAUUCCAGCCAAAGCCCCACGACUUGCUUGGGAUCUACUCUUACGGAGGAGUUCCUAGCCAGCGGUUUCCACCAAGGUAGCACAACCGGUUAAGCAGUUCGGGGAUUAUGCCGAGGGCCGAUGUGACUGAACCUAGGAAGAUGGGGAUUUAGACCGAAGUCUAGGUCGGUCAUAAAGCAGAUUGGUUGGUUUAGGAAUUGUCGUUUGCAUGGGGACUCGGUCUCGCCCGCCAUCUCUCCUAUCUUUGUGUUCCCCUCACACAUAUCCAAUCGACGCUGAAUUCUCAUGAUAUGAGUAGCUAUAUUGAGUCGAACACUG